GGGGGUGGCGGCGGGUCCUCCAGUAUCCCAGGAUCCCAGGGAGAUGCAGGGUCCUCCCGAACCUGUUCCUCCACGAUCCCAGCGUUCCUCAGCGGACAGUCAGCUGACGGCUGGGAGUUUCCGGCGCUGUGGUCGGCCGCCCGCCCUCGUCUGUCUUUUCUGUGUCCAGUUCCCAGUCGCCCGCAAACCGACGGAGGCCCCUUUCUCAUCCGGCUCGGAAAGCCCUUCCCCUCUCCUUGCCGCGCGCUCACACACACAGCCACCCCCAGGAUGUUGGCGCUCUUCAACCGGCUGCUGGACUGGAUCAAGUCCCUCUUCUGGAAGGAGGAGAUGGAGUUGACGCUGGUCGGGCUGCAGUACUCGGGGAAGACCACCUUCGUCAACGUUAUCGCGUGUGGUCAGUUCAGUGAAGAUAUGAUUCCAACUGUUGGCUUCAAUAUGAGAAAGGUCACCAAAGGCAAUGUAACAAUAAAGAUCUGGGAUAUUGGUGGACAGCCAAGGUUUCGAAGUAUGUGGGAACGUUAUUGCAGAGGAGUCAAUGCUGUUGUGUAUAUGGUGGAUGCUGCAGACCGUGAUAAAAUUGAGGCUUCAAGAAAUGAACUUCACAAUCUGUUAGACAAACCACAACUCCAAGGAAUCCCUGUGCUAGUUCUUGGGAAUAAGAGAGAUCUUCCAAAUGCCUUGGAUGAAAAACAGCUCAUUGAAAAAAUGAAUUUGGCUGCUAUCCAGGAUAGAGAAAUCUGCUGCUAUUCAAUUUCAUGCAAAGAGAAAGAUAACAUAGAUAUUACUCUGCAAUGGCUUAUUCAGCACUCAAAGUCCAGAAGAAGCUGAAAUUUAAUGGUGAAAAUCCAUGUGUGAUUGGCCACAGUCCACUCUGCACUCAGUUUACUUCAUUCUUCAUGGGAUAACCUGCAGAAAUACACUAUUCUGAAUAUAUUGAAAUACUUUGAGUCCCUCAUGACACAUCUGCUGAAAAGUAUGUUCUCGUUGUGAGACAAACUUGCUUUACCAAUGCCAUUAUAUAAAAUCAUGAUUGAGACAAAUGUUGAAGUCAGUGAUAGAAAAGCACAAGGAAGAGCCCAUGAAAAUAAUCAUGCUUAUUUCUUAGCCUCAAAUGUGUUUAAAUCUGCAGUAUCAAGUAAUCUUUUAUAGCUUUUAUCAAUCUCUCACCAUUAAUGUCCUUACAAGUGGGGUUAUAGAGCAUGUUACAUUGCACCCCAUAUUUGUGUUGGUGCUGUAGAUAUUUCAAUGUCACUAGAAUUUUUUAAAUGUUCACGGUUGGUACAGUAUUUAAUUUAGUCAUGAGCUUUUGCAUACAAAUUGAAUAUGUAUGUUGUAGUUGGGGGACCAUCACUGAAGUUUAUUUAACAUGCUUUAACUGAAAUUUAUGCGUUGGGUGUGCUGGUUGAAUACACUGCUUCAACAUUAGAGUCUUGACACUAUUGGGCAACAUGUGACCUUUCUGUAACCAUGCAUGCAAAACUUCCAGUUACAAGAUUUGUAAAUAAUAUAUGUUGAAUUGGUUUACUUUUUCUAUUUAGUUGACUUGUGAAUAAUUGUGCUCUCCUCUCACUUCUGUUGAAAUAAAUGGAGUUAAUGAGAGCA